CUGAGCUACACAGCAGAACCUAAAUAACUCUCCUCUGCCACCUGAGGUCAAACCCUUGUCUUCCAAGCUGAAAUACAUUUGAAAGACUGCUUUAUUUCGGGCUGCCUUUCUGAAACGGUGUUCGAUCCUAUCUGAAGACAUGGCUUCUCCCAGCGAUAUAUUAUCUGAAGAGCAGUUCCAGUGCUCUAUCUGUCUGGAUGUCUUCACUAAGCCAUUCUCCAUCCCAUGUGGCCACAGUUUCUGCAUGGCCUGUAUAAAGAGACACUGGGAUAGCAGUGAUGUCUGCCAUUGUCCCAAAUGUAAGAGGGUGUUUGCAGGACGCCCUGAUCUCCUUGAGAACUCAUUCGCUAAAGACAUUUCGGAAAAGAUCAGGGCGAACAGACGGAACGGAAUCAAGCAAUCGGAUGCCACAUCUGGAGGCGUGCCCUGUGAUGUCUGCAUGGGGAGAAAACUCAAUGCCCUGAAGUCCUGCCUGGUGUGCCUGACUUCUUACUGCGAGACUCACCUGGAGCCCCAUCAGAGAGUGGUGACUCUGAAGACACACAAGCUGGUGGACCCUUUGGAGAACCUGGAGGACAGGAUGUGUAAGAAGCAUGAGAGACUCCUGGAGCUGUUCUGUAGAAGUGACCAGAGAUGUGUGUGUGUGCUCUGCACGGAGACGGACCACAGGGCUCACGACACCGUUCCAGCAGAGAGAGAGAGUACGGCCAAGAAGGCUCAGAUGAAGAAGACUGAGGCAGAGGUGCAGCAGAUGAUCCAGGCCAGAUUGAAGAAGUUGGAGGAGAUCAAACACUCAGUCAAACUUAGCAGAAUAAAAUCAAAGAAAGAGAUAGAGGAUGGAGUACAGGUCUUCACCGCUCUGGCGCGCUCCAUCGAGAGAAGCCAGGUUGAGCUCAUCGAGUUGAUCGAGGAGAAGCAGUCAGCAGCAGAGAGGCGAGCUGAAGGGCUCGUCAAAGAGCUGGAGCAGGAAAUCACUGAGCUACAGAGGAGAAGCACUGAGCUGGAGCAGCUCUCACACACUGAGGACCACCUCCACCUCCUAAAGAGUUUUCCAUCCCUGUGCACCCCUCCACCCACCAAGGACUGGUCUGAGAUCAGGGUUCACUCUGACCUGUGUUUGGGGAAUGUGAGGAGAGCUGUAUCUCUUCUGGAGGAGAUCGUGGAGACAGCAAUAAACAAACUGUCAAUUAAAGAGCAUGAAAAGAUACAGCUGUGUGCAGUUGACGUAACCCUGGACCCGAGCACUGCCAACCCCUGGCUGGUCCUGUCUGAGGAUGGUAAGCAGGUCUGGGACGAGGACACGGAGCAGAGCCUCCUGGACGGUCCCCAACGAUUCGACACGGCGCCCUGUGUCCUUGCCAAGGAUGGCUUUGCCACCGGGAGGCACUACUGGGAGGUCGAGGUCGGAGACAAGACUGCUUGGGACCUGGGUGUGGCCAAGGAGUCCAUCAACAGGAAGGGCAUGGUCACACUGAGCCCUGAGGACGGCUAUUGGACGAUAUGUUUGAGGAGAGGAAGUGAGUACAGAGCAUGUGCGGGACAGUCGGUGUUGCUCCACCUCAGAGAGAAACCAUGGAAGGUUGGGGUGUUUGUGGAUUACGAGGAGGGGAAGGUGUCGUUUUAUAAUGUAACGGACAGGUCUCAUAUUUAUUCGUUCACGGGCUACCAGUUCACUGAGAGGGUGUUACCUUUGCUCAACCCAGAUAUGAGUGACAGCGGGAACAACAAAUCACCACUCAUUAUAUGUCCUGUUGGUGUUUUCAAUAGAGGCGGUAGUUUGGAUGAUGACAUCACAAUAUGAAAUUGACUUUGCCAUGGACAAUACAUUUAAUUUUGAAAGUGCCCUAAAGAGGAAAACAGAAAAAAAGUGACUUAAAUUGAUAAAUGCAAAGCCUGUAUACUGUACAUGCUCAUUGAUACCUGAUCUGAUAUGGGUUAUAUAAAUGAUUUCUCAGUAAGAUUCACUUUAAAACAUUUUUUUUGAAUGAAUGCAACAGUUGUACAAUAGAUGAAGAUACUCCAAACUUUUCGAAUUUUUAAAAUCCAUCAGAUAUUGACUGAAUAAAACAUUGUACUGGCACAGAAAAAUAAUUAAUAGAUUUGGGGUAUUUAGGUGAGAAUUCAGGUAUUCAAUGUACUGUAAAAUGUCACAUUUGUUUCAUAUAAUGCACUCAUAUAUACAUGUUCUUAGUUAAUCAGGUAUUUCUUAAAUAUUUUGUGAAAAAUAAAUCUAUAUUUCUCAUUUGCAUACAGUAUAUACACUACCGGUCAAAAGUUUUAGAACACCUACUCAUUCAAGGGGUUUUCUACA